AUGGCCUUAUCAUCCCCAUCACCACCUUCAUCCCGACUCGAAUCCCUCCCCCUCGAAGUCCUAGAAUUAAUCUUCCUCCACAGCCUGGAAGUAAACCUCCCCCGCGCCUCACCACGUGUCUCCAACGCCCUAUCCAACCAACUUCUCUACACCUGGCUGAUCCGACUCGCAUUCAGCAGCACAAACCCAGGCUCCCGCGAUGACUUCUUCACCCCAGAUUUCCUGCCCGAACCACUAUCCUCAAAAUUCUGGACCCUAAGCACAGAAGACCGCGCAACCCUCCAAACAGCCCUCCUAUCAUGCAAAUGGUGCACAUUACCUCUAUUCCGCAAAUGCCAACGCGAAUACGUCCACCACGCCCUAUCCCGCCGCUCAAAGGACCUCCGCUUCGCCCCAGCAGACCAGCAAACCCUAGACAACCUAGACGCCCUCUUCGACAAAAGUGCCCAAGAGAACUUCGCCGCCUGCGACAAAGCACCGGACGCAAGAAAAGGAAAAGGCGACAUUGUCCUGCCAGCCCUCCAAUCCCCAGCCCCAUCUUCAUCUUCUUCUGCAAGUACUAGUACUAGUACUAGUGCUACCAACGAUAGCGUGAAAAAACUAGCGAUAUGGCUAAAUUUCGGUGCCAUCCAAAUCCGCCCAAAAUCAGAAAUCUACUACGAAAACACAGCAAACAUCUACCGCCUCCCCUCACCCCCAGCACCCAUCACCCCAGCACCCAUUCCAGCAAAACUCCUCCGAGCCCCCUGGUCGUCCUCCCAAUUCGAAUUCCUGCAAUUGCUCGCUCCGGACUUCUAUCUCGACGAGGACGAGCAUGCUGCUGAGCGCAGUGGGGCGAUCACGACGCGGCUUAUUCGGCAGAGGAGAAUUGGGCCGUUUACGGUCUUGCUGGGGAUGUAUUUUCGGGCGAGGAAUUGUCGGAUUCCGGUUCGGUGGCCUUUGAGGGAGGGGCAUUUUGAGUUGAUUGUUAGGUUUGCGGGGGUGGGGGUUGACCCUACUCCGUUUGCGACGCGAGCAGUAGCCGCAGGUCAGGCAGGAGAUGAUCACGUCGAUGACGGUGACGAUGCCGCCGAUGAUGGCGUGGAGGAUGGAACCGAUCGCGUUAACGAUGCCCAUUAG